AUGGAAAUGUCGAAAUGUUUAUGUCUUAUGAUUAUUGCUGUGAUUGUCAUUGCAAGUAAUGCAUCACCAUCCAGAGAAAGACGCAAUGGUGGUGGUGGUGGUGGUGGUGGUGGUGGUGGUUCAGGAUCGAAUUGUGGCAAUGACAACAAUGAAAACAACCAGCAACCAACAACGUAUAUUGUUGCUCCAUCCAAUAAUGGAAACGAUGGUGGCAAUGGUAACAAUAAUAACCCAAACUGGAAUGGUCAACAAACUUAUACGCUUACUCCAGACAAUUAUAUUAUUAACAAUCAACAAACUUACAACACUACAACAAUAAAUAAAUGUUCAUCAGGCACAACUCACUGUUGUAAUAAUUAUGCUAGUUCAAAAGUUACAUGCUCUAAUGCUGCAACAGAUGGUUCUAGUGGUGAUCAAUAUAAUGGAUGUUAUCAAGGUCAAAGUUGUUGUCAAGGAAAUAACAGUACUGGUGUUCUUAGUCUUUCAUGUUCAUCAGUUUCUACUAGUUCCUCUCCUGAUGACAGCAGCUAA